UACAAGCGUGGCUUAUUGCUCUCCGGUUGAAGUAUGAAAAACAAUAAAUUAGUUGAUGGUUUGAUUUAUCAGAGAAUACAUGCCGAGGCGCUUUGGAGAAACGUGUAAACAAAAAAGAGUGUUCAUAGAUUUUUUAAAUGGCUUUAUUCCAGCGAAUUACUACAACUUUGUGCUUAGGAAUAAUAAGUUUGUUAUGUUGUUGUAACUUGUGCGUUGGCACAGCAUUUUUCCCCACCAAUUCAGCUUAUGGUAUUUUCGCCGCCAUUGCAGUGCCAUUGGAGUUGCCGCAUCGGAAUGUUUUCAUCUCAUACAAUUUCGAAGCGAACUACAAUUUACCUUACACUUACACUAUACCACCAAUUGCGACUGGUAUUGAGGAUGAGGACAUUUUCAGUCAAUCUGAGGCUGCGCGCCAAAUGUCGCAGUCAGAUGAUAGUUGUAGUAACUGCACUAAAACAACAACAAUGCCACCUGUGAAUGCAACCAGCAAUGGUAAAGAAGAAUCACAGCGUCGGCGUAGACGAAAAAGUGCAGUAAAUUCGCUGCUAACACGGACCCACUUCUACCAUAUACUCAGAGAUAAAUUUGAAAGAAGUGGCUACAGCGGAGAGCCUUGCCUACUACGUUUAAUCUGUGAAACGAAUUCCUCAGGCCUUGGUGAGGUCAACGGCGUUCUAGGCACAUUAGUUCAUAUAUUUUUUUCUCCUAGCACAUCUGCAAAUGAAAAUCUUCCACUUUCUUACUAUCAAGCCGAAUUAGAUGGAACUCAUGACUUUUGUGAACACUAUGCGGCUGAUUGCGAGGAGAAUCCAUUGGAUUUAAUUUCAGCGCCACUGGGUGAUAUUAUCGAUGAUUUAAUGGGCAGUCAAUAGAGUGGAAAAAAAUAAAGUUCAAAUAGAA